AUGGAUGAUAGAGUAUUGUUAAAGAUUUAUUAUCAUGGGCAGAUUUUAUUACAAACAGCUGAAGGUGUAAAAUUUGUGUGUGAAAAUCCAUUGGAUAUUAUUAUUCCAUUUACAUUGUCAUUUGAAGAAUUUAAAGGUGUAAUUUGUGAGAAGAUGGAUUCUCAAAUAUGUAGGAGAAUAUCGUGCAUUUUAUACAGGAACCCAGUAUCUGUAUUUGGUGGGUUCGUUCAGUUUCAAAUCAAAUAUGUAACCGAUGAAGCGAGCAUGCAAGAUAUGUUUUCAGUGUACAUGGAAACUCGCUCACAUAUAUCAUUCAUCGAGCUGUAUAUUGAGUUUGAGCAGUCGGAAACAAACCGGAAUAUUGAGAUGGAAAAUUAUAAUAGUGAUAGUGAGGAGGAGUUCGAAAGUAAUUAUGAAUGCCUUGAUCCGGGUGGAGAUGGAGAUCUGGCCGAGGACACUAUGCAGGCAAAUGUGGCCGAUGUGGCAAAUGCACUAGUAAACCAGCAUCCGUUUGUGGAGCCUACUUUCAUGCGCUCACUGGACUUGGAGGCCAUGCAUACACCGGAAUUUCCUGAGUAUAUGAAUGCAGAUUUAUCAGUUAGCAUGACGAACAGGCUAGGUUCGGGUCAAAUCGGACCGGUUCAAACCAAACCGGACCGGCUCAAACCAAACCGGACCGCAGAGCUUACUGUUGUAGCGGAUGGUGAAUUUAUGGUGGGGAUGGAAUUCAAUUCUAGGGAGGCAGUGAUUAAGACGAUGAAAGAUUAUACAAUCCGUCGAGGCGUAGAUUAUCGGGUGUACGAGUCGGAGCCAACAACAUUCUAUGCUAAAUGUACACAGUACGGUUCCGGUUGUGACUGGCUGAUCAGGGUGAGUAAAAUGUCCCGAAAGUACUGCUGGGAGGUAAGGAGGUACAAUGGUAGUCACACGUGUACUCGAGCAUGCAUUUCUCAAGAUCAUUCCAAAUUGGGUUCCGACACAAUUGCAGAAGCAAUUAAGCCGUUGGUAGAAGUUGACCCAUCUAUAAAAGUAAAAUCAGUCAUUGCGGAGGUACAGUCGAAGUUUAAUUACACUGUAAGUUAUCGGAAAGCCUGGUUAGCAAAGCAGAAGGCAGUGGAGUCAAUUUUCGGCGGGUGGGAAGCUUCGUAUGAAGCUUUGCCCAUAUGGUUUGAGGCCAUGUGUCACAAAGAGCCAUCAGCGGUCGUUCAAGUGGGCACCUCUAGAUUCUCUUGA